AUGCUUUCGUUGAUGGGUUCAACUAGGGCCACCUUUGGCCUUGCACGUACUCUUCGAGUGCCUCUAUACACGCCAGUGUCUACGUUCAUUACGGCAUCCCACGUAUCGUAUGCCAACACCAAAGCCGCCACUCGUACCAAGAAAAGUACAAAGGCGACAACCAAGACUAGCACGCGUUCGAAGAACACGGCUGCUAAGCCAAAGAAGGCAACGCCCGCUAAGAAAGACAAGCCAUGGGAACGCCGCGAUGAGAAGACAGGCGAGCUUUUGCCACUUCCUUACGACCGUAAGCCUACAAAGCGCCCCCGUUUCCUUAUUUACUUUAUGGAACGCCUUGAACAAGUUCGUGAGAAGCCAGAGUUCCAGAUGACAAACCGUGAUGGUAAGAGUGUGUUCGACAUCCGUUCGGCAGCUACUACGAUCGGUGCGGAAUGGAAGCAACUCUCGGACUCUGAACGUUCGCGCAUUGACAAAUUGUACGAAGAGCACGUAAAGAAGUACGAAAAGGACCUUCAGGCAUGGCAAAAGAGUCUGACACCGGACGAGAUCCAGCGCCAGAACCAGUUCUUUGCCUACCAACGUAAGCAGGGCAAGAAGGCUGUACCGCGUAACAUUUCUGGCCCUGACCAGCCGAAGCGCCCAUUGAGUGCCUUUUUCCUGUUUACCCAGCACCUGCGUGAGCAGGGUGAGGCCAAUACAAUGCCCGUGACGGAGUUUGCACGCGAGGCUGGCGCGAAGUGGAAGGCCCUGAGUGCCAAGGAGAAGGAGCCAUACGAGGAAAAGGCACGUGCCUCCAAGGAAGAAUACCUUCAGCGUAUGGAGGAAUUCAAGACAGCGUAA